GUACAAAAACAGCUUCAUGGUUUUAUGGUGGUAGGCGGUGUGAUGUUUGGUUACUCUGACACAGCCAUACGGGUCUGGACUCCAGUCUACUUACCGCUGACCACCUCACAUACAGUAAACCUUAUAAGUACGUCUGAUGGAUGGGCAAUCAGUAUAAGCGACUGGAUAUACGAUGGUCAAGGACACAUGAGGAUAUUCGCCUGGACGUUUGAUGACCUUCCUCUCGCUGUUAUCUCAGACUCAGCAGCAACAUUUGAUUUCACCAAGAGUGUUUCAACAAAUGGUAUACUUAAUCUAGAUACAACACUGGAGCAAGUCGAGAUCCAGGUGAUGGAGGGCCCCAACCUAGGCUUUCGGUUUCCCGGAGUUGGUUCAGUCUCCAAUGACGGUUAUUUUGGACCUUAUGGCGGACUGAUUUACGCCAAGAAUGGUUCGAACCUGUUACUAUGGGCACCAGCUAUUGGCUCCCAGGGACACCUUUUUCAUCUCAGCGAACUGGGACAUUGGGGUUCAAACGAAACGUACCAGGCAACCAAUAACGUGGACAUCCUUAUUACGGUGUGGCGAGAGUACGGCCUAGAGAAUGUCACGUGUCCCAUCGAUCAGCUGAGCGUCUUUGAAACGGCGACUAAUACGGACACAGUGGUACAUGGUGUCGGGUACAACGGUAACAUAACGUUUGGAUGCAAGUACGGGUACAUGUACCGCGGGGGUAACACAUCCGCUACAUGUGACCGGUACGGGGAGUGGAACUUUCUCAACAAUGACACCAUCAGAUGUGAACUUAUUCUAUGUAACACGUCCGACCUGACAACGCCGAAUGCACAAGUCAGUAUAGUGGGAGAUUAUCGACUUGAUGACGUCGUGACGUAUGCGUGCGACGCUGGGUACGAGGUCAUUGGUGGAAACCUGUCACGUGUCUGUUUGGCGGAUGGUACUUGGAGUGGGUCGGCACCUUUAUGUCAACCUGUGGCCACAACCCAGGUAGAGGUUACAAGUUACAAGUUAACGACCACGGAAGUUCCCACAACCACAACUACAGCUGUGGUGACAACCCACAUAGAAGUAACGACAACGGAACUCCCUACAACCACAACAACAGCUUGCCCUCUCGUCGGACUGGAGGUACCCUUUGCGGAGAUGACUAUUUCUGUCACAGCAGAUACUGUGACGUACACAUGCCCGCCAAUGUACCCUCAUGUUGAGGGGGAUCUGACGCGGACUUGUAACAGGGACGGAACAUGGAGCGGGACAGCGCCUGUCUGUGAAUAUUGUGUCUGCCCGUGUUCUGACAACACCACCGUCUCUGAAGAGACGCUUCAUCAUCUCCUCAAUGAACUUAAGGAGGCCCUCACGGUUGAACCCUCCCAAACGUCUCUUGCCAUUCGGAAGAAAAUUAGUGUUUAUGAGGACCGUGCGAGUGCCAAAGGUCUCGGCGCUCUAGGUGCGACUGUACUUGUGUGUGUCGUUCUCCUAAUCAUCGUUCCUGAUAUACCCCGUAUCAUCUCCGACAUCAAGCACUGAGUACUGAAUCUCUUCACAAAUCCUUGAUAUCUGACAGACACUAGCCACCAAUAAUGAUAUUAUUUAUGCAAGCUUAGUAUUAACCUCGCCAUUUAUUCCUCUGAUCGCCGGACGGGCGCGGCCAUGAAAAUGUUGGCGAGCCACGAUAUUUGGUCUGAUACUGAAUACCAGAGACCUUGGGACGAUACAGCCAUGAACAUAUCUACCACUUCUGACAGGUCUAUCAGUAUGCUAUGGACAUCAGACAACAUCAACACCUUGAGCGCGUUCCUUCUGAUUUAUCAACCAUUAGCAAAUCUGAAAGGCCCUGAACAUGUUUAUGAGGAAUGACAUAAAUGUAACUCUAUUUAAAUCAUAUGCAUUGUGUCACUUCUCAUCAAUGAGAAAGGCCCCAAUCAAGCAUGAUAUAAUCAUGUCCACUGUUUAUAUCAUAUGUACCACUAGAUAUGUCAAUCAUAGCGGCCCUGAACAUGUUGACGCGGAGUGCAGACCUGCGGGUAUGGUGUAAGAAUUGUAGUUGUUGGCCCUAAGAGGCGACCUUAUUUUGGAAUCGUUUUUUUUUUCCAAAACAAGUUUCUUCUUCCUAAUGUCUCCAUUAACACUGCCUCAAAGUUGGUCUUUAGUUGAGCGUAACCCCUUUGAUGAAAACUUUGGGUUCUGUCCCCUUGCCGGAGUCUAUAAUAUUAGUAGUUGCUGUUCCAACUGAACGCAUAGCAUUUCGGGAGUGGUUCUCCAGUAUAAUGUGACCGGGUGGGGUGUCCUGCUGGAUGUCUUCGGCAGUAUGCUUCAUUGAGGUAACAUUGUCGACAUCAGCUCUAACUGCAGCCUCCAUCCAUCUCACACAGGGAAGGCCGUCCUUAAAUGACCAUAGCUGUUGAUAGGACGCUAAAAUACAAAGUCAGUUGGUUGGGGGGGGGGGACUAUAUGUUUCCUCCCCGUCCCUCUGUCAGUCCUCCGUUCACUCAGUUUUCUGCACAUUUCUCAGUCGUACUUCAGUAUGAGUAGCUAGUCAGAUCAGGUUCGAGUUCCAAGGGUUUGGGGGUCAAGUUCAAGGUCACUGUAGCUAUUUAUAUCAGGGGCCAGUUGGGGACAUGUAUUGCUUCAGCAGUACCCAGCAUGCUAGUUUACACUAUUACAUCGUAUAACAUCUAGCAGUAUGACGCAGGUUUACGUGGACUACAGGCCACUACUUUGAAUCCCGGCACGGGCGUUAUGUUGUGUCCUUAAACAAGAUACUAAACUCCAUUGUGUUCCAGUCAACUCAUCUGUAAAUAAGUACGCGGGGGUUUAGGUAAUGCAAGAAACCUCGUGUGUGAGCUGCUAGCGCCGAAAUGGCAGCUCCGGCUGUAAACUCCCCAGUGAGUUAAGAAAGGCGUUAGUUGGUUGAUAAAUGCCCAAUACCCACCGAUAAUACAUGUGAACCGUUAUGCUCAUGUAAUACAACGUUAUAUAAAACUCCUAAUUGAAAUUACUAAUUAUUGACUGUGAUUUUACCUUGAAACCCUUUGAUGAUAAUUUCUAUACAAAAAAAAAAAAAAAAAAUAAGUGCAUUAAUUUCUUUCAUUGAUGGACGUCAGUGGUUCUUUAAAUGUUUUGGGCAUCAUGGGACCUCUAAUGUUCACUUACUAUUUCUGUUCCUAUUUAAGAAUUAAGAAUGAAUUUGUCAAUGUUUUAUGUUACUUUGGCUAUAUUAUUGGUAAUACUGAAGUGUCAUAAUUUUCCCUACUUCACUAUUUCUCAAAGAGAAACAUAUUUCCGUUUUCUGAACGUAUGAAAUAGUUUCACACGUUUGUCAAAUGUAUACAAAAAAUCUUAGAAAGUCGAGACAAUAUUAUAAAUCCUUGUCUAUCCGUCCGUUCUACUCAUAUUUUAUACAGCUCCUGUAUGAUUUAUAAUAAAAGGCAACACUUGUUA